AAACAUACGUGUAGAUUUCAAAAUGGCGUCAGUUGGAUCGCGUGAAUAACUUGAAACUGUUGCUUCGCAUUUCCCCACGAUCUUGGGGCUUUACGUAAAAGCGACCAUGUUUUCCCUGUAGUUACGAUGUCUCACCAUCACACCAUCUAUCAUGGACUGCUCACCCAAGUGUCGCCUGGCUAAACACGCCGAUUUCAACUUUUCUGCUCUCAUAAACAUCACACCACACGAUGAAGCUAAAGUUCGUGCGAUCUUACCCCGAUUUUGCUCGAAUUUUGCUCGAGUUAAAGAUCAGUGUGGUCGUAAUGUUCUGCACUUGGCGGCUUCAUGUGGCAAACGCGACAUUUUGGAGUGGCUUGUGAAAGAAGAAGGAGCUGAUUUGGAUUCUAAAGAUCUGGAAUCGGGUUGGACUCCAUUGCAUCGCAGUUUGUUCUACGGUUAUCUUGAGUGUGCAGUAAAACUAACUCAGGUGGGUCUGGAAAUUGCAAUUAAGCAUCAUUAUUUGCACUUAUAAAAUGUGCAUAAAUGAGGGCUUGCAUUCACCAAUAAACAAAAAUAAACAAAUGAACCAACGGACGCACGUCUGGUCUGCUGAUGAGGUUCGUACUACUGUGCCGGCUCAAUUAGUUUGUGCCGUUACAGAAAUCGAUUUGGUACUGAUAAUGUGAUCACAGUCCAAGGUUGUUUUCAUUACACUGAAGUACCUUUGAUGAUUAGUCGCAUUCAAUUUUGUAUUUAAAAACACUUAAUCUCAUAGCACACUAUAAUGCCUCUCACCACCUCAAAAUAGAAUAGAAUGCAUGAGUUGUAUGGAAAUUUUACCCAGUUUUUUAAAUGUUAUUUCUGUGAAGCUUGGCUCAGAUCCUAGUUGCCUUGACAAGGAAGGUCUCUGUCCAUUGGAUCUGGUUCAACUGGACUCACCAUUCCAAAUUCAAUCAGGAGGUGAGUGUAGUGUUAUUACUGCAGGUCUUAAGAAAAGCUUGAAUUCCAGCUUCUCCUUUGGGUAAAUUGAGCUCUCACAUUAAUUUUUUUCUUGCCCAGGGCAACUACUUAUACUUGUCUUAGUUAAUGAUUUAGUUGGAGGGUGAUCAUGACUAGCUUACUGGGACCCUUGCCCAUUGUGCAAGGAAAAUUCAAAACUUUAAAGCUAGUUGCCUGUUGGCAACAAAUACUACCAGACAUGACAGGACUUUUGUCAAGCCCUGUAUUAUACAAAUAAACCCAUUCACAGAGAUGAGCAUGGGGGGAGGUGCCUGAGAGGCUGAUGGAGCUACCGACUAAAGUGGAGUGCAUUGCAUAACCUUGACAGCCUUGAGUGGCAUCCACCCAGGUGCCGUCACUCUGCUAACCAGUGGAACCUGUAACAUAUACAUAAUUAACAUGUAUACUUACCAUGGGGAGGGAAGGGUGUGGAGCAGAAAAACACUUGCCACAACAAUAGCCACAAUCAGGAACCAAACACAAACGUAGUGGCUUGGCCUCGAGAGAAUAUAGCUGUUAAAAUACCCGCGAGCAGCCCAGUGUUCUCCUUAUCAGGCGGUAACUGGUAAAAUGUACCACCUGAAGCAACAGUCUUCUUACCGCCUGUAACUGCUUGAAGGUUUAUUAAAAUUAUAUAAGUACAGUUUAAAAAAGAAUACGCAAGUUGUGAUCUGAUCCAAUCAAGGAAAUGAACGAAUAAUUGAAAAGUACUAAAGUAUAUGUUGCAGUUAAUUUUUUAUUUCAGUUAAUUUUUAUAUUUCCUUUGUUUCAAAUUCAUUCGCAUUCAUUACCAUACCCAAAAACAAUAAGAAAAUAAAAAUUAUUAAACUGAGAUAAAAAAUUAACUACAACAUAUACACAGUUUUUCUUGGCUUUCUUACAAUGGCCCAGGAAAGGGCAGCUCUCGUCCAUGUUUUUUGCGUUACCGGCCCCGAAUGCUCCCUUUACCUGCUGAGCUAAAAUUUAGGAGGACACUGAUGGCCCUGCAUAUCACUGAUGAGAGAGACAGCUGGCCAGCGCUGUCUCAAGUUUAACUUACAGUGUAGCCUUUUCAAUAAGGCAAUAAAUGUUACAGUGUCAGUUACAGUCAAACUUUCUUUUAUACAGUCACUAAAGGGAGAGAACCAGUUAAGUGUUUACAUUACAGAGGUGUCUGCAGUAUAUUAUAAAGGGAUUAUUGUUAUGAAUUUUGGUGCCUUAUUUGGCACAAAAGGAACUGUCCAAAGUAUAGAAAGUUUUAUGUUUGCAGCAGGUUAGCUGUAGGUUGUUAAUAAAAUACACGAGUCAUGUCCUGGGGACUAUUAAUCUCCUUAAUACAAUGUAAGCUCUCUUCUCAGUAUUUCAAACAUAUGCAACUGUUAUUGUUCUUUCAGUGUCACUUAUUUAACUUUCUAAAAUCUGAAGCAUCAUUUUCAUUCUGUUUUUUUUUUCUUACAUGUAAUUUAUAGUGCAUGCUAAAGUUGUUUCAUCAUACAAAACUUCUUUGGAAGAUGAACUCAAGUUAGAGGUUGGUGAUGUGAUAAGGGAUGUUCAUAUGACAGGGGACAAGUACUGGACUGGUGUUAUGAGAGGCAAGAGAGGACAUUUUCCGAAAGAUUGUGUUAAGCUUAUUCUAAAAGGUAUUUGUGUCUUAUUCCAGUAUUACUAUGCAAGCACAGGCAGCCCAAGCUCAGUGUGUGAGUUUAAUCAUUAACACAUGUAGUUUCAUAUUGCAUAAUUUAAAAUGGCUGUGAAUGUAAAGAAUUUGUAUUGGAAUUCAGGUAAAAGGUUCAAAUUGAUAUAAAUACUCGCUAUAGAAUGUUCAAUAAAAUACAGCUUACCGUAUUUACUUUGCUUGUUUUUGUUUGCUGUGUGUUUAUUUUUCCGAUCCAUUGCGAUUUAAGCGAUUUCCUUCAGAAAACCACGCAGCAAACAAAAACAAGCAAAGUAAAUACGGUAAGCUGUAUUUUAUUGAACAUUCUAACAAGUAUUUAUCGAUUUGAAUCUUUUACCUGAAUUCCCAUACAAAUACUUUAUAUUCACGGCCAUUUUAAAUUACGCAAUAUGAAACUACAUGUGUUAAUGAUUAAACUCACACAGUGAGCUUGGGCUGCCUGUGGUGCAAGUCACAUGUUUGCUUCAAACCAACUGUACUUGUUUUGUUUUUUUUGUGCAUGCAUGAGUAAGCUACAAUCUUGGACAAAACUGUUGAGAAAAUUGCAUACUUGGGGGGCAUUUUUUCUAAACUUCAUAGCCGACUGAUUCUUACCUUCCCCCUCCCCCCUCCCCCUCCCCCUGGAAGCAGUGUUGUUCGGUCUUCAAAAGAAAGCUGGAUCCCUUUAGAAGCAUUUGUAGGAAGCAACUUUGAACUGGGGGAGGGGGUUUUCUUUAUGCAAAGCCGUUGAUCUGGAAAUAGUUUUGUUGCGUUAGGUAGUGGACAUUUUCUCAAGUAGUUUUGUCUAGGAUUGUAGAAUAAAUGAAAUUACAUGCAUUAUUUCCUUCAUUUUCUUGUUCGCUCAUACCAACAAGUGCUUAACAAUAUCCAUUCCAACAGACCAUCAAUUGGAGCUGUUCACUUGGGGAUCAAACACUAACUUCACUCUUGGUCACAAAGAUGAAAGCACAAGAUACACACCUGAAAUCCUUGAAUGUCUAACUGAAGAUGUAAAACUUUGCAUCAAGGAGGUACAAUUUUAUUGCCAGUAUAAACAGAAAAUUUCAGGACAUAUAAGUUUGGAUUUAUUUUUAUUUAUGUUUAUGCUAAAAUUAGUUGCUAUCUUUUUGUUUGCUUAUUGGAUGUUUUGCUUGUUGUAAUUUUGUCAGGUUGUAAUGUGCAAGUUUCAUUCUGUCUUCUUGAGUGUUGAUGGGAGAGUUUUCACCUGUGGUCAUGGCAGAGGAGGACGACUGGGACAUGGCAAUGAAAAGACUCUUCUGGUAAUUUUGAACUGGAUUGUACACACGAUUAAGAGUCAACUCUGUAACUUUUAUAACAGCUACAUGUGUUGAUAUCUGAAAAAUAAUGUUUUUUUUUUUUAAAAUUACAGUAUGCACCUUAUUUUUACCAACCUGGAACAUUAGCCAGUGAGUUUACAUUGAUACCAGGUGUCAAAGAAUAAUCAGUUUGCAAGAUAAGGCCUUGCUGAAUGUUUUUUUUUUUUCAAUCAUCUACUAUACACUGUAAUUAUGUACUGUACCUUUAUAAUUUUCUAGAGAGAAAACAUAAUAAUUUUGUCAACACUUACCUAAAUAGAAUAUUAAAGUUUCUACUUGUGGCAUAACUUAAAGCUAGCCAUGCCAAAGCAGGUGUAGCCUCUCCACUGUACUGUGUUCCUACUGAUGGGUCCUGGUACCAACGAACUUCACUGUAUUGAACUCACAGAUUGGGCUGUAAUUAAGCUGAAUAAUUAUAUUAUACUUAGCAGAUGUUACUUUUCAAACAGUUUUAUGUUCACAUUAAUGCAUUCAAAAUACCAGGAUUUACACUGUGUGAAAGAGCCACACAACAUGGCAGAAGAAUGUAAAUUUAUUUGUUGACCUUGCUCUUGUUACAGGAGCCACAGGAGGUUACAGCCUUAAAAGAUGUUAAGUGUUUGUCACUUGCUGCUGGGCAGGAUCAUACAGUGUUGGUUACAGAUGAGUAAGUGAUGGUAAAUAAAGAUGUGUGUAAUGAGAAGGAAGGAGGUACAUUUACUGUUUAGCUAGAGUGUCACAUGCACUGCACAAACAAGUAAAGACUGACAUUAGUCAAACCAGACUUAUGUUUUAUCCUGCCAACAUCACGCAACAGUUAUGUGUUUGGGUGUUUUAAAAUGUCUUGUGUUCAGAACAGUUGAAUGGCUGUUUUUGUGGCUGCCACAAUGUUUACAGUGGUUACCUCUGACUGAUAUAAGCUUGGGCACCUUUUUCAUGUAUACACACUCCCUUUAUUCUUGACAUGAAUAUUUCUUUACAUCGCUUUUCCCCGUGCUUUGCAAACUAUGCAAAGUUUCCUUCAGAAAGGUGUCAAAGAAGCAGCUAAAGAUAAGGGGUAGAUUUAGUUUGGCUUUUAGAGGUGAAAGAAGAACUGUAAUAACAUGGCAGCUUCCAUUUUAAAUCGACAGAAUGGGGACUCGUGUUUAUGUUUUGUUGUGGAAGAAAAGAAAGUUUUGAAAUGAAGAACAAAUAGAGGAAACAAACAGCUGGUUAUAUUUACCUUAGUUUAUAGUAGAAAUUCCAGAACAAAUAAUUCCUUUUCUCUUCGAAAAGCAAUCAUCUUCAAGCGAAACCUGAAAAUAUGAGAUUAUGCCAUCACUGGACUAGGUUUGUUUUUGCAUGAGCAUAAAAUGUCCAAAACAUUCUUUCUGUGUCAUGUCAUUAAAGUCAAAGAAAAGGAAAAAAUUUCUGGCGACCACUUUAUGCCAUCUGGUGAGCAAAAAUUUUUAUUAAGUUGCCAGAUGAUGCCUGUAUCAGAAAUUUAAUUUUGGACCCUGUGCCCCUUGUGUACCUAGUGGAGGACAGAGACAUGAAGACCUCCCUACUUACCUCCCUCCUGCCCUCUAGGUAGAUUUGACACUCUUCCACUGGCCCUGGAUGUCAAAACAUUGGAUAGCAACCCUCCAAGUUGCGACCAUCUUGGUCGCCAUGGCGCCUCAAAUUUUAGAGCUGGCGAAUUGAUUUGUAAAAAAGUCUCCCUAAACCAAAAGGGUUGGUUGCCAAAUGGUGACCAAGCAAAGACUUUAACUUGGAGGGUUGGGUAGUGCCAUCCACCAGACCAAUCACUAUCCAGCUGAUAAAUAGUUUUAGGGAAAUCAAUAAGGUAGUGUUAUCCACUGGAUAGAGAUUUAUCUGGUUCCGGAUGUUCAAACAUUGUAUAGCACCAUCUACCAUAUAAAUCACUAUCCAGUGGAUAAGUAUUAGGAAAACUAAUUGCGCUAUACUCCUUUUGAACAGUCGGGGCCCAGCAGAUAGCACUAUCCACCUCUUAACAACUUGGGCCAGGUUAUUUUGGGUACAUUUGAGACCAAGAUGGUGGCUUGUGCAGAUAGUGCUAGAUGUCAACAAUCUUAAAGAAAAAGUUGGGGGCUGUGAACUCUCUGAAUGUUGAAUAAGCAAAGUCAGAAAGUCCAUUAAUAGCCGAUGGCAAUUUGUUUCUCUGUUUCUAUCUAUUAUCCAGAACAACUGCAAUAAUGAAUUAGCUGUCCACACUUCAGCUUUGCAAUUCGGUGUAAAGGGCAGAAGUGCAGGAGCUUGCUUUCAGCUGACCAACUUAGUAACACAUAGCUCCAAAAAGUGAGCAACACGACAGCACAAGACACUCAAAAAAUGCCAAAACUUUUCUCUCCAGUUGGUUAAAAAGUUAUAUAACAUAUAAUUGUUUUGAUUUAUAUAUUAUUUUUGUCUUUAGUGGCUCAGUGUACACAUUUGGUCUCAAUGAUUCUCAUCAACUUGGACAUGUACCUCCUCCAAAGCAGUGUCUUUGUCCCAGGAUGGUAACUAAUCACAUAAUUUAUCAUUUCGGGGGUAAUUCUCCUUUUUUCUGUCUCAUAAGAUAAUUUUUACCAAGGUUUUUCAUUCUGUGGUGUAAGAAAAGAAAAAAAAAUUGAUUGCAGUAGAAAUAAAAAGCAAUGGGAAAUAGACCAUGAUGUGAGUGAAAGGCCCUAUUCACGCUAGAGAUGGAUUAUCCUUCUGAGACGGGUUAUCAGUGGGGUAAUUCUCGUCAGACAGAUAAUACGUCUUAAUUUGAAAAUAGAACGGUCUGAAUUUUGGAUGGACAACUCAAUUUAUCCAUCUCUUUUUCCGUCAAUUUUGACGGAUUUUGAUAAUGGAUUGUCUGUCUCAGAUGGAUAAUCCGUCUCUAGUGUGAAAAUGGCCAAUCUGACAAUAGAGACUUCUAAGAUCCAAUGACGCGGACAGCAACGAGAACGUCAAAAAACAAUGGGUUUUAUAAGCAAAACAACAACUCUGUGCAUGCAUCAUGCUUUUUUUACAUUUCUUUGCCUGUUUUUGCACGACUACGACAUGAACCGCUUUUAUGGAGUUAGUAAACAAAAAACGAUGAAAUUUUAUUUCUCUUUCCGAACUUGGAUAUGCUCCUUAGGAAUUCAACUCCAGUUUGGUUCGCCUACAUUUGACAUAGUAAGUGGGUAGGAAUAAUUGCGAUAAAGACUGAAAGAACGUAAAUUCACUGUUUAAGCGACGUUUUGGUUGCUGUUGCGUCGUUGGAUCGUAAAACCCCUAAUACAUGUAUUAUUCACCUGCAGUUGCAAAUGAAGAUGUGGAAGGGCAAAGAGUUCAUUGGGGCUGCAGCAGGUCGUUAUCAUUCAGUAUUUUUCACUCGAAAUGAGGUGUACAGCUGUGGUUUAAAUGCGGGGCAACUUGGUAAGGAUUGUCCACUAUUACCUUGCAUUACCUGUACCGUCUGUUCAGCUGUAGCUUUAGGGUGCGGUUGAUCGAUCAUAUUCUGGGGUAAUAAUAGACAGUUCUAAAGUUGUGGCCAAUCUCUGCAAAGUUUUGGACCAUCAAGAUUUUUGUGUUUUACCAUGGAAUGGAGCAUACCCUUGAAACACCACUGUAUAAUUUAUUUCUUAAUAUGGAGACCUAGUCUUAUGGAAAAAUAAUGUUCCAUUUUUCUGUUUUGUUAGUUCAAUAACGAUUGACAGUUCAAAAGUAGACAACAGAUCAAUAAAGUGGUUCAAUGACUGCAACGUUUUGGACCAUUAAGAAUUUUUGUUAUUUUUUUUUUAAGAAUGCAUAGCAUUGUAAUGGAGCAUACCUAAAUAGAUAAAUGAAACACCACUGUAUAAUUUUGUGUUUUACCAUGGAAUAGCAUUUGAAACACCACUGUAUAAUUUAUUUUUCACGGGUUUUCACAGGUUUUGGCAAGGAGGGGUUAGUUUGUAAAUAUAUGGCUGAGAUCAGAAGAAAAAUAAUGUUCCAUUUUGGUGCCAGUGUUUUUCCCAUUUUCUUGUUGUUGUUUUUGUUCUUUUUCCUUUUUUUAUAUUAACUAGGAACACCCUAUGCCUCAAUUGACUUGGCGGAAUCCAUGGCUCCUUACUCUUCAAGACAUUUCUCAGGUUAUGGUGUUUUAAAAUGAAUCUAUGGUUGUUUCUGUCACAGGUCAUCCAAAAGGAGAAACGUACCAAAUGAUACCACGUCAGGUAAUUAAACAUUUCUUUUCACAGGCUAUAAAGAGUAAAGCUACUAGUUAAGUGACUUUAUGUUUGUUAUUCCCAUGUGCACUUUGUCUGCUUAAAUUACAGGUUAGCAGUCUAGCGGGCAAGACUGUUAUUAUUAGUAAAGUGACCUGCAGUGAUGCAGCCACAGUCUGUGCCACAAACAAAGGAGACAUCUAUUUACUGAACCAGUAUAUUUGCCGGAGGAUCAUAUCAAGGUAUGGUAAUCAUUACUGAGCUUCAGCAACAGGGUGGCAGAAAGAAGAGGAUGGCAAAACGUUUGUGUUCGGCAAAUUUCACUGGGCUAUUGCUUUUGUGCCUUUUUUUUGUUUUUGUUUGCAGUCGUCACUUAACAUUGCUGUGUUCUGGACUUUUGCUAAAAAGUCUGUUUAAAGGAAGUUAAAGUUUAGUGGAAUUUCUUUUCAAAUAUUCAACAAUUUUGUUACGCUUUCACACGAGGUUUUGUCGUCUACUCUCUUCUGCCAUUCUGAUGCGUAACUUCAGGAUUAUUUGCUCUCUCUCCAUAUACCCGUAAAAAAGCUUCACAUAUUUGUUCCUGUCAUUGCUUUUGGACUUCCCCGUUUGGCCAGGACAGCUGUAAAUUGGUUUUGAAAAAAACUGUCAUUGUAAAAAUUUCAUGAUGUGGUAAAAAUACCAUUUUUUGUGCUAUAUUGCAUGUAAUUUAUAGAUCUCUUUAAUACUAGUUCUAACUGACAAAAUUCAACUCAACUUUCUGUAAAUAGGUUUACUGAUUUGACUACCUUAGCAGUCACUGGUGGAAAGUUGGACGUGGUUUCCCCACAGAAGGCCAGGCAAGAGUUUGCUGAUGAGAUUACUGUAACUGUGCUCAACUCUAGGGGAACGGUAAGUCAUUCUUUUAACACAUGAGGUUUAUUGAUUUCAUGCGUGUGUUUAUGUCAUGACUCUUCUUUUUUUUUUUAACCUAUACUGUCCAUUAGAGUGACGUUGUUGUUUCCUCAGUCCUCUGUUGUCGGUUCUUUCUUGUCUGUGCUACCACAAUGCAUAUCAUACACAGUACAAUUAUGUCCUUGAUCUUCUGAUCUUGUUGUGGCUCUUCCUAUCAUUGCAAAACAAAUAUGUUUAAUUCCGCUCUUCCUGUCAUUGCAAAACAUGUUGCCAGUUUCUCGCGUGGGACCAGGAUCCUUGGCGUUGAUGCAAGUCAAGACUGUCAAGCGAUUACUAAGUAGAGACGGGGAAAGCUAAUUUUAGCUGACUUCCUCCAAACGGAGAGUCGGUUCACAAGUUAUACCUUUCUUUUUACUAUUACGUGGAGCUUCGUCUUUUUUUGCAGUCCUGUAAUGCACGAUCUCUUAUCACCCUCAUUGUGGCUGUUUUAAUCUUUAAACACUCGAAGUUACUUUUUGACUCUUUAUGUUGGCACUUCAUGCCAUCGCUGGCACAAGGUGCGGUUUUCAGUUAUUGCUGUUAUUGACGCUUUCUACAUGUAUAUACAGAAGUUGUAUAGCUUAACAAUCUAUUAAUGUUGGCUCAUCUAACAUUGAGGACCCAUCUUUUUUCUGCUCAUUUACACUCUUUUUUCAGAACGCAGCAGCCACUUUCUGAUCCUUUUAAGUGACUCUUCUUUUUAGCAAUCUUUGAUCCUUUGAUAUCGUUUUCAUUCUUCAGUAUUGCAACUUGCUGAUGUUAAGAAAAUUUAUGACGCUAUCAGUGUCCUUAUAAAUCUGCUUAUUAAUUUACAGCAGUAAAAUAAAUUUGUCUCCUCAGUUGUCCCAGUGGAAACCGAUGUUUGGCUCACUGAGAGAAUGCUGUUGGUAUCACAACAGACCAAUAACAGGUUUUUUAGAACUUUAGUAUGCUGUUAAUGCUUUGCUUAUAUUCCUUUCCUUUUUAAUGUGAUUUCUAAUUGCAAAAAAUUCUUAAACAUCAUGUUAGCAGAUAGACUUUUAAUACACGUCUGCACUCGUAAGGAUUGUUGGUUCGGUAGUUGGUGUACGUGUUUCAAGCUCCUUUAUUAACUCAGUUUGGUUAUUUUCCUUAGUACGAGAUUUUGCUGUUGGAAGACAACUUCUUAUUGUGUCUAGUAAGUUGAAAGAGAUUUUCUAUAGGCUUGUUUAUUAUUUUCUCUUGUGUUGAGUCUCCAGUAGAUUUACUACUGAAGUGAUUACAGGUGGCAGCAACCGUCUAAUCUAAGUGCUCUCCCCGUACAAUCCGAAUAUUAUUUUUCAGUGAAAAAUAACGAGAACAUCUUUCAGACCAUACUUUGCUGUCUACUAUGACGUUGCGGUCACGUCACGUCCUUGACAAUGUGGUCACGUGGUUAUGUGAUGGUCAAUCAGGCCUAGGCCAAACAUCAAACGUAAAAAAAGAGGUUUAAAGGCUUGUUUAUAGUGGAAAGUGCACUUAGCUUAUGCAGCUAGUUUACCGGCUCUCCACUCAAAUGCUUAGAGACAAAUAAUUCAAAUAAAAUAUAACAUAACGUAGGGAAUGGUCAGGGAUUUGUUUCUGUUCCAGCGAAUAGCAUGCCGGAAUCGCUUAUGUUGCCCUUUAUCUAUCCUCUUCUUCUCAGACGAUGGUGAAGCUUUCGUUUGCCAGCCUGGUGAAAAGAGUUUCAGUCCAAUGAAAGUUGUUUCCCGGAGAAAACCAUCUGUCUCCUCAACCUCGUCAGACACUGCACUGGCACAAUCACCUCCCAAUACCACGCCACUCAGUAACCUUUCAGACGACAAAGAUACAUGUACAACGCUUACAAAGUCAUUUUCUGACAGCAGUCUCCUACGUUUACUUGUCAAAGAGAAUUGCAAGAAGGAAGCUUUGUGGUAUUGUCUUGAAAGGAUUCCGUUCAUUCAUCGUGGACUAUGCGUCUUUACAGACAGCAAAUCUAAAGGUUUUGCUGUGCUUCAGAUUUCUGCCAGGGAGGGGUAUGUUUUCAGUUCAUUGUUAGUUUUAAAAGUAGCGAUUCUUCACAAUGUAUGAUUCACUUCCACUUCUCUUACUUGGUGAUCUUGGAGGGAAACUUGUAUGUCGCACAUGCUUAGCGUUCGCACAAGAUUAAAACUACCUCAUGCUUAGCUUGACGUUCUAGUCUGCUAAAGAAAUUAUAUUGUAUUGACACUCAGAUCUGCUCUUUGACAUACAGUGAGCAAUUUACAGAGUGUGGCAAAAAGAAAGUAGAGUAUUAAGAGACGGUUACUGUAGAGCGCCAUGUAUAUUAAUGGCUGAAAUUGACGCAUGAUCCAUUCGCAUUUGCUGAAAUGAAAUGUGUUUUAUUUAUAGUCUGAAAAACGUACCCCAAGUGAGCAAAACGCAAGUUUGGAAAAACUUGAUGCAGCUGUUAGAAGAAGCAACUAGUGAAGAUGACAUCCAUGAUGUUGAGUUUUUAGUAAGUUUGUCACACAUGCAUCUACUUUCACAUAACGUCAUUUUAUGAUUGAAUAAACUUGUACUUUUUAACUUUUGUUUAGGAUAUACUCUGGAGAACUAUUAUUAUGGGCUAGUUUUGGCAGAUUUAGAAAAGACAACACGACGGCAGUGACGACAGGACGCGCAAAUAAAAAAAAUGGGCUUGACCAAUGGUAGGGCGGCAAAUUGGGCACCGGAAGUCGAGUUCAGCAUUUUCCGCACGUUUUCCCGUUCUCAACUUAUGUUCCCGUUCUGUUGCUAAAUCUCUCUAAUAUACGGUGUACAUGUCCGGUAGGUGAAAAGAAAUAAAUGGAGUCUUCCUUAAAGGACACGACACCCUCUUAAACGGACUUGUAGAGUUAAACCUUGUGUUGUUGUUGACGUGUUUUAUAUUUCUUCGUAUAAGUGGACUUAUUUGUAUUGCAAUGAGUCAGCAGCCUAGUUUCCAGGCCAAUUCGCGUCAUGUGAUUAAGCGGGACAGGCUUGGAACCCACUGCGGUAGCCAAUUCUCUACGCGACCAGAUUGAUGGGUGACGUCACAUCCUAGCUAGCCAUAGACCGACUGAGUACGUGGCUGGCGUUUGGUUGAGUUACUUCCGUAAUACUUGGCAAGAAAAGGAGAGAAAAAAUAAAGGUAAAAUACACAAUAACAACCACAGCAUUACUCCUUUAGGUUAAAGGACAGCCAAUCGCAGCACAUGGAUUUGUUGUGGCUUCAAGAAGUCCUAAAUGUCACCAACUGUUAUGCAAAAACAAAGAUACCAUCCUACAAGCAUCAGUUAAAUGGAUACAAACUAUAUCAUUACAUGAGAAUAGAGAUUACGGCUUUGCACUCAGCUGGUUGAAACGGCUUUAUGGUGGUGAGGACAUCAGCGAUAAAGAGCUGUUCUCUAAAGACUUUUUUCCUCCGAAAGCCAAAAACGGCUUCCACAAACAGGAGAAGAAAAUGUCAAAUGAGAUAGACAAAAUGAACAAAGAAAAGAAUGUUCAACCACAAAAUGAUAACGAAAACAUGAUAGCUGGUCGCAUGCUGUCCGACCUUAUGUAUUUGGCGGAACGAGACUUGGAUAAUUUUGGAGCACCGACUUUUGAUUACGGAGACUCUUUGUUUGAUGAUUUUCAGGAAGGACUGGCUUCAUAUGCAGGGGAUACGGAAGAAAUUAAGACAAAAUUACAGUCAAAUACAUCAGAUAGGUACAUUCACUUAGUUAAUGUAGUUACACAUUAUAAAGAAUUAUGUCAAUUUGCUUUUAUGCAUGAAAAAUGCCUGUCUUUUUCGUCUAGGUUUCAUUUUCCUUUUCUCUUGUGUCAUUGGAGGAGAAAUCAAUGCACAGGCAAAAAUUAUAAUUGUAUUAUUUUUCUAGAUAGAACACGAUUUUUGUCUAAGGGACUGUGCAAUAAUUAUCAGGAGGGGGGCCCUAAAACCAGAGGGGGGGGGGGCCUUAAGUUAAAAUAAUGGAAAGGAGGGGGGGCUCUACAUUAGAUUUCUCAAGUAAGUUGAGGGGGGUCUUAAUUAAAUUUCACAAAUUCGAUAAUGAAUAAAUAAACAUUUUCCAAAUAGACAGAUGCCACUCCUUUGACUAUCCAUAAUGUCUAAAUAUUGCAUCAACAUAAACACAUGCUUUAACUUAUUUAGAAUGUCAACAUAUGAUAGAUUGAAACAAUCGUCAAUGCACAGAAGUCACAAACCACGUUGUGAGCUUUGCCAAUAAAACAUUUGGCAUUUAAGAGGUCCCGCAGACAUGCCAGGUCUGUUCUUGAUUUAAACAGCGAGAGGGUUUCUAGGUCUACAGUUUCUAGCUGAGGAAUGCCACAUGCUUCUGUUUCAUAGUUGUCAUCACUUCAUAGAGCACCAAAAAUUCCUUGCAAUGAAAGCAAAAAAACGGGCAACGGAAAGGAACAAACUUCCAGACAUUAAUUGGGCCGACGAGGUUGAAGUCAACUCGCUGUCUGCAAGUAAACUGAAACUCUACCUAAAGGAACACGGUUUACCCGUCAGCGGAGGGAAAGCAGCACUCGUAGCUCGUGUUCUAGGUGCUGGGGAAGCUCACGGUAAAGAAAACCCGGAUGAGCAGCAAUCUAGCAGUUCCGAAGACCAAGAAGAUAAUGAACAAUCAGACGAUUCGGAAAUUGACGAUUAUGAAGAACAAAGUUUCGAGGUGCUCUUCAUCCCUGACGACGCAGUGGAAUGCGUUGCAGUACAGUGAAUAAAGGUACGGGUUAGAGAGAGGGGGCACGUCAUAAUUUUGAGAGAACGUGAGGGGGGGUCAGAGCUAAUCUUGACGCUGCUGGAGGGGGGACCUAUCUAAUUUUUCCUUUGGUGAAGCUCAUUUUAGGACCCCCUUCCUGAUAAUUAUUGCACAGUCCCUAAAAUGUAUUCUAGUAAGUAUACAAAACAUUUAUCCGUUUUACUUGUAUUAGGCACGCAUUGUUUGUACAGCGUAAAAUUUAAGAUAAUGCUUUACUGAGUAGCCUCGACUGCCGGACGGCCUCUUAAGUUUAUCUACUGACGAUUGCAACAUAUACUGCGCUCUGAUAGGUUAAAAUUUUACCGUGCAUCUUUUUCUAACCAGUCGGAGAGAAAUAGAAAACUAGUCGCCAACAACAGAGAGGAAAAGUUUGAAGUCACGUUAACAGGCUAGCAAAUUCCUGGAUCUCAACAAUCGUCUUCACAGAGAUGUCCGUUUGCAUUGUCGAACGAGGGAAGAAAGAUAUGGGCUACCGUUUUGUUCCUGAGUGCAAUAAUGCAUGCAUUUUUUUUUUUUUUUGGCGUUUUUAUCUGCCAUAUUUGCAGGAACGCGGUUUGUUGAUAUAAUAUAAAAAAAUUGGUAACAUGGCAAUGUGAUUGAAGACUUGAGGACACUCUUAAGUACUAAUGAUUGGCUUGUUGUCACUCUUGUCAGGGAAGACAAAGAGGCUGAACCAUCCGACUGUCUGAAAUCAGUUACAUUCUCUCGAUCGAACUGGUAAGAAAUUUGGGGUUUUUUGUAUAAAAAAAGAUUAUAUGUUUGGUCUUUCUUAACCCGUUCCAGGCGUUCAGAUUUUGGGAUGGCGCAAGUGGCGUUAACGCCGAGUACUUCAUGCCGCACUUGGUGUCUGAACGCCUGGGAAAGGCUAGGUCUUUCUUUCACAGCUUUGUUUUAAAUAUUUUGGAACACUUUUUUUUUCUGUUGUUUUUUUUUUUUUAAGAGCGUCAGUUCGUUCUCAUGCAAUUUCGAUGUUUCCCAUUAGUCCAGAGCUUUACGAUGUUGUGAUUGUCUGUGAAGACGGAACUGAAUUACAAUGUCACAAAUGCAUUCUUGUUGGUCAGCUUGGUACGUAUCUACUUUAGACUUGAUUUUAAACCAAACGUUUACUUAAAACCGAAAAGCAGGCAUUGCAUUGCCAAACGGAGAAGUUUUCGUCAAAACAUAUAAUUAUCUAAACACGGAUAAUUUGAAAAAGUGAAUUUUUUUUUCUUUUUAGACGUUUUCUAACAUUCCGCCUACCUUUAUUGUAUGGGUAAAGAAAGUUUUGUCCCAUUGCUUUAAUACACUUUAUGCCAGUUGGAAUUGAUAAAAGCAUUAUCCUGGUUAAUUUGAAUUUAUGUUUAUUAAAACACAACGAAAUCUAUCCGUGCUUGGCUUUCUAUCCAGGAUGCCCUGCCACUUUUAGUGGUAAUCUGAUCAAUAAAUAAAUUUAAAAAAAAAAAAAGAAAUACUUUGCUAAUUGUUUUAGUAAGAGGUAUAUCAUUGCAAUUCAUUUAUUAAAUUUCUCAUGUGCCAUUUGCAGAUUAUUUCCGAAGCAUGCUUGCAAGUGGCUGGUUAGAGGUAAUCGGACAACUGCUUUUCCUUCUGUAUCAGCCUUUUUUUCUUUACCCGCAAGAACAUAUUAAUUUACCGAUCUUUAUGGUUUAACCCACCAUUAGACUAGCCAGCAUUCCACAUCCUUAAAGUUGCCAUUCCCAGGUGAUGUUAUGGAAAUUGUUUUGGAUUUCCUCUACUCUGGACAACCAGGAAAAGUUAAAGGCGAGUACUUUAGCCGUGUCCGUGUUCUGCUUCUUAUGUUUCAGGUGUGCGUAUGACAAAGUAUCCUUCGCCUGCAGGUUUCCUUUGGUUUUGGUAUCUAAAAGAAGCGUUUAUAAUGACAACAGCAUUUAUUAAUAUUUUCUUCAGCACAUUAUAUUACAUGAACUGAGCGCUGACCUGCAAAAUGGCAUAAGCGGUUCAGACCUAAAGAAAAAAUUAAAGAUAUUUACAGACAGUUGUUAAGAAAAAAAAGGCAGAGAUAACUGCUCAAUUAGUUUUUCACAUCUCGGCACGUUUUCCGUGGAAGUUUUGCAUGAAAAUUCUCGUUGUAGCCGUCCUUCAUCAGGCUUACGUGAGAGUGAUCCAAGAGACCCGACCUAACCAACUCCUGACCUUUAUGGUUCAAAGGUUUUACGAUUGAUUCAACCAGGAAGCACACAAUAUAUGUACAAGCAGCGAAUACGUAAGUCAAUAGCUGAAUUUCACCCAGGGCCCUUCCUGAAUUGACUUCGUCCGAAAUUGCUUCUGACCUAACCUCGCUUCCAGGGUCUCUCUUUAAAGGCAAUAUACCUUGGAAACCAGGCUUUCCUUGAGCGCAACGUGAGCCUUGCUGAGCGCGGUUAGAGCGAUGAUUAGGAUAUUUCAAUUCAAUUCAGUUCCGUUCAGUUCAGGUUAUUCACACUUAUAUAAAAUAUUUACACUGUAUAUAUUUCUAUUGCCUCAUUGCUAUCGUAUUUUUCCUUUACAGAAUGUACAGAUUUGGAGUUGUUGGGAAACAUUCUCAUUGUGGCGGAUCAGGUGUUAAGUGAAUCAGGAAUUUAUUUGAUCGUUUAAAAUGCUAUUACGAUAAGAGAAGAUUAUCUCAGCUGUAAAAUUAAAUUAUGAAAUAAAUACGAGUGUAACUAUGAACGCAACUGUCUUGUAAGUGGACACCUUUCCUUACGGUCGCCUUGACAAACCACUUUUCAUACAAUAGCCGGUUAGUCCCACAACCAGCCAGUUAACACUUCUGCUUGGCGCGGUUGUUUGCUUAAAUUAAAUCCAAAUUAUUGAUUUUUUCAGCUACUGAUUUUCGGACUGAAGGAGCUUUGCGAGGCGGUCAUGGCAAAUCUAGGUGUGUCCCUUGUUUAUGGCUUUUUUUGUGUAUUUACUCUUUGUUUCUUUUCCUUUUUGUCACUUUUAAUUAAGUAUUUAUGAAUAUCUGUUUAUAUGUCUAUUUCUUUUUAUUAUUUAUGCGUUCGCGUAUUUGUACAUUUAUCUGUGAAAUCUAACCUCACUAUUGUGAAUUAUGGAAUUCUUCUCUUCUCCUUCCACAAAUUUCAUAGUUUUCGUAAUGUGCAUUCAAAAAUUUGGACGUAGGAUUUCAUAUUUCAAGUGCCGAUCUUCCGAAUUAUAUCAUUUUUAACCUCUACGAAUCUCUCUCAAGUCUCGCUCCAAGAAAAAAUUUCUCAUGCCGAACAAGAAAUUAACAUUGUACUUAAAUUAUUGUCAUUCGUUUAAAAAGUUUCUCUUUUUUUUCAGUGACAUUAAGGAAUGUUGCUGAGGUGUUAGAGUUCGCCAUGCUGUACAACGCUAGCCAGUUGAGAGACGUUUGUACGGAGCUACUUACGAAUAAUUUAGCGACUGUUAUAGAAUCCAGGUUUGUAAUGUUUAAAGUUGUUUACGAUUUUCUUUUUAAAAAUUCCGCUUAGAAAGUAAAUUUAACAGCACUUUCUGGUUUUUACUGGAAACUCUCCAGGAGAAAGUAAGGCCCAAUCUAUUUAAAAGUUUGCUAAACCAUUUCUUUAUUCUUCUUUAUUUUUGUGUUUUGUUUUCGCAACAGCCGUUCUAUUUGAGUGAAUUAAAUUCGACGUCUGAAACCAAGUCGUGUUAGUGUCGUGCUGCAGUCGAGCUACAGUCGAGCGACAGUCGAGCCAGCUUAGCACGGCAGUAACACGACGUUUGAAACAGGCCUAACUGAUUGAAAAUAAUUAAGUUCUGUUUUCCCUUUUCCAAGUGGGAAUGUUCCAGCUGAUAACGGUUCCACAGGUUUUGGCUAAACGGUUUUGUGGCUGGCUAUCCUGCAAACAGCUAUAGUAAAGCGAAUAAAUAAAAUAUCUGAAAGUGAAAUCAAGUGAUAAUUUUCUUGUUAACUCUCAGGACGUUGGAUGCACUGACCGAUGAAGCAUUGGCAGAGGUUUCGAGAGCUUACCGGCGUUUGGUAGGUUUCCUUCUACAUUGUGCUUCUUGAUUCUCGUUGAGUUUUUUAGUCCGGUUUUUAUUUUUAUGGGUGCGGAACUUUUUUUUACCCUGUUCUUCCCGGGUUUUUCUUCCUAUUUGAUAACCAAGUUCACAAUCUUACAAAGAAAGCACAAUUCUACGUUUUAGCUAGCCGACUCUGGAAACUCUUUUGUCGAAAUUCUCUCUGUUACUCUAUUGUAUUCUACUUUAUUAUUUACAUUCUUGACUUUUAUUUCUUUUUUAAUUAAAUUCCCUUUUUAUGUCAGGUUGCUGGUAUGGCUUGGCGUGUGAUAACCCCAGCAGAUAUGCCCGACUUCGUUUUCAAAGAAGUCUCUGAAUCGACCCCAGGAAAGCGAAGAAAGAGCGCGGGACGGAAGAAAUCAUCCAAGAGUGAGAGCGAACAAGAUGCUAACACCCGAAACAAUGUGCAAGAGGAAAUUGUUAAGACUGGUACGCCUGUGAUUACUAGUAAGCUUGCAUUAAAGGUUAACUUCGUGAAAAGUGCAGCUUAGCUUACCGAGCUUGUGAACACAGGCACCCCACUCAAAUAAUUAGAGAACAAAUAUACCAUAGCAGGAUAAAAAACCCAACUGGCAGGAGGCAACCAGCUGCCCAUUUAGAAGCGUGGCUGAGGAUUUGAAAUAUUGCGAGCGCGAACAAAUCCAGCCAGUGACCAAGGCGGGAUUAGAACCCGAGACACAAGCUCGCACGUUUUCAGUGUUUUUCGUUGUUGUUAUGGUUUUCUGUUGGUUGUUAGUUCAAUUUUAAGAACCGUGAUUAAUGCACUUGCAUAGGUCUUGAAAUAAGCGUCAAGGACGGUGAUGAAGUGUUUGAUCAGCCAGAGAUAACCCAGGAUAAACCUUCACUUGUCAACCAAAGUGACGAAGCUACUGCAGAUCCGGAAUACCCACAACCGGAUGAGAAAGCAGUACAGGUAUAUAACUGGCCAGUUUAGUGUAGAAACUAUCAUGUAGGUAUUUGAUGGCUUAUUCCAGUAGCCCGCCUCGCUCUUUUUCAGUACCUUUUUGUUUUCCUGUUUGUUUUUGUUUUGUUGUGUUCUUUGUUUGUUUGUUUUGUAAUCUUUUUGUUUCAAAAAAGACAGAAACUACCUUGUCUGUUUUGGUCGCGACAUCCUCCCCCCCAGCUGCGCAUUUUUUCUAGAGUGUUGUGCUUCUUAUUCAUUGGCAACGUUUUUUGCCUUUUUUUUUCGAGUUUUAAGAUUUCCUUCAUGUCGGGGCUGAAAUACGUUUCAUCACUUUUAGUGCAAUACAGUUACUGGUCUGUGGUAUCGCAAAGAUGCACCCGCAGUUAUUACCCCAAAGAAAAAAAAUCGCGAUAAAAAACAGUCUCCUCGCCAGUCUGCAGAGGAAUUAGAGGCUAAACAAGAAGCAAAGAAGGAGGUUGGUGUUGACAUCAAGGUGAGAAUAGCAUUUUGGUGAAAGGAAUGGACACUAACUACCUCACAUACGAGACCGAGAGACAAUCGAGCUAAUUUCAUUCGCCAAAAGACUUAGUACGAUUUUUUUGUGACCUUGAUUACAACUUUCUUGAGGCAUUUGUUCACACGCCAAUUGAAGGAUUGAUUUUCUUUGAAGGUACCGUCGCCUGAAAAGCCAGUGUGGAGUAGUAACGCGAGGUAUUUUUCUAUUCGUUUCUUUUUCUAAACCUUUUUUUCUUGCUUCCAUGUAUUCAUAUAGGUGCUUAUAAUUACGGCUCUAAUUAGUUAUUAUUUAUUGACUUUUUUUAAGUUUGAACGUUUCUUACCUCUCUCCUUAAUAUAUCUAGCGCAGCAAGUCCUCCCGCCACAAGUCUCAAAGACAUCAUUGAGCAGGAGCAGAACCAAGCUACCCUCCGUCUCGAUUCCCCGGAUGAGGUACAUUUUACAUCCGCCCUUGUGAGAUUCUACGACAACUGUACUUGUUAUACACAAGAGUGUUCGAUUGGCACAAUGACAAUAGGUCCUAGCAUACAGCGUUUGUUAAUUAGAUAUUCCUUAACGCAAAAGCGAGAGUACGCUUACCCUUUGUCUUACCAACGCCCCAACCAUUUUCCAAAGUAUGAUAAAUCUAAAAUAAACCUGUGUUAUGCUAUUCUCUUUAUUUUUUCUGCAACGUCGGUUGUUAGUAUACUGUAUUGUCUGUUUUAUGAAUAAUGUGAUCGUCGUUUUUUAGAGAAGAGAACUUUGGGUCGUUUGUAUUAACUCCGUUAUUGCAGUCGAAUCUCACCUUAUGUACACCUCUAUAAUACGGACACAGUUCUCUAUCCCAAAGACAACAAAAGUCAUACAACUUUUACCUUUAUAAUUCGGACACCUCUGUAAUGCGGGCACCUUUGACAUCCGUAUUAAGGAGGUUUGACUGUACUUCCUGUACUGAAUUAGCUUACAGGCGAACCUCUCAAAACGGACACCUCUCUAUUUUGCAUUCAACAGCUCUCUUUGCCCCAAAGACACCAAAAUUCAUACAAUUCCUACCUCUAUAAUGCGGAAGCCUCUGUCAUGAGGACACCUGGUCCGACCCCUUGAUAUCCAUAUUAAGGAGGUCUGACGACAUAUAUUUUUAUUUUAUUGAUUUUACAGAAAAAGUCCAUGACGAAGAGGACCUCCAACAAGAGCCCGCCGAGUCAGUGGUAAGGAUUGCGACUUGAUUUGACAACGUAUUACCGCUUGGCUUUGCUCAUUUCUCUACGAUUAAAAUCCUUUGUAAAUUUUCAGGUCAAUGUGAGUAUUACAAUCGGAAAUGUUAACCGCAGAUCGGAUUUCUUAUUCUCUAUUUAUAGAGUACGAAUGUCUUGUUUUCAGUUUAGGCACCAGUCCACCUAGUGCUGCUCUUUGGUGGAAUUCAGGAGUCCGGCAAUCACAGAAACAACGAAAGAGGUCAAAGUCCAGCACAUCAGACGAAUCAAGCAGCAACCUGAAAGGCACAGAAGGGAAUGCAAGGGAUGUAACCUCUGACGAAAGGAAAGAUAAAGAAGCAGCUCCUGCAUGGUAUGUUCCCCUCCUGUCAUUUAUUUAUUUAUUCAUUUACUGUACGUCUUUUUUUACUGUUAUCCAUUGUGAUUCGGCGAAGAUUAAAAGGAUGUUAACAAAGUUUACAAAUUUACUUUUCCUUGUGGUGUGUUGGUUUAAGUAUACCUUUUGUUUGAAACACGAGACGCAUCCGACAGUUUUCAGACUUCAUAAACACGAAGUACGAGUUUCUUUUUUGGAUUUUAAAAAAAGUCUAUCUCUACAUGUGUUAUGUUUAUCUUCCCCAGCAAAAUUGAAACUAAUUCUCAGCCGCGUCUUAUUAAAUUUAAAAACAAUCACUAAGAUCCGAUUUCUUUUGUAUUUUUCUCAUAGACUAUUAAUUACCGUAAAAUUCCGAAAAUAAGCCCCGGGGCUUAUUUUUUUCAAAGGCCCUUUUUGAGGGGCAUAUAUACGGAGGGAAGUUUGUGUUUCAAAAUCGGCUAGGCUUAUACUUGGAGGGAAAUUUGCGUCUCAAAAUCGAUUAGGCUAGCUUAUAGUUGAAAGGAAAUUUAUGUCAGUAAUUUGCACAAAGGUUUUACCGAAACUCCCCUUGAGGACGUAAAACUUUCUAAAAAGCAGCCAUGCAAGUACUUUGACUAUAUGGACCGAGGAAAUCCAAACCAGGAGUGUAGAGUGAACUACGCAAACAGCAAUAAACUGUGACACUUUCUGACUGCAAUCAUUUGGCACACGUAAUAUGUGUUUGGCAAAUACAAAAAUUAUAUGUUACUGUACCGUUUUUGCUCUGUUUUAUUAUUUCGUUUUUUGAGGGCAAUUUCCAAGUACAAGCCCCCGGGGGCUUAUAUUCGGAGGGGCGAUUUAACGAAGGGUUUUUUGCGUUCCGAGUCUGGGCGUCUUAUAUUUGGAGGGCUUAUACAUGGAGGGGCUUAUUUUUGGAAUUUUACGGUAUUUAAUUUGUUGUUUUUUUGUUUGUUUGUUUUAUUUUUAGUUUGUUUACUUUCUUUCUUUUUAAGGGGUGGAGUAGGUAAAAGUGUGGCUCCUGUACUAUCGCUAAGGGAUCUCAUGCAGGAAGAAGAACAACAGCUAUCUGGAAAGAAAGCAGAAACCAAAGAGACACCCUCUGCUGCCACAUCAAAAGCGAACAAGUCUGGUACUCCAAGGAAAAAGCUCAAGUAUGACACUCCACUCCAUUACCCUUUUAUAAAGUUAGACAUUUCACACGUUUUAAAUGUGUCGCGAAGAACCCAAUUUGUUACUGAACAUCGCUGUCUUAUCACGAGGUUAACUUCACCAAAAUUUCAUUAAGCUGCGCUAAAAGUUGGUAGUAUUUUAUUUGCAUGCAUUUGUUGGGUCAUUUUAAAAUUUCACUUAAAAAGAAUCACGGAUAUUUUGAGAAUCUUCUCGGGCAUAUUAUUACAAUACAAGAAUAUGAGCCAGGUGAAACCCUUGUUUUAACAGCUCACGAGGCGUGCGUGGCUUCUCGUGUAGCUUUGUUUAACCCGUCAUAAUUUCUCAUUGUUGUCUUUCUGUAGUUGGCGCUCUCAGCCUGUGUUUUGUGCAUCAAGCUCAGAUCUUGAUUCGAAAGAAGAUGUUGACACCAAUUGCGAUCGCCUGUCUGGAUUUUCCUCGUCGCCUCCAAAAAGGUAAGCCAUUGUAAAAAUGUUUUGUGCUACAUCUUUUAAGAUGCUUACAUCUCGGCUGUUUUAAAGGCGAUUUAGAUAAAGUUUUACUUUGUACUUGGGGUGUUUCGAUUAGCCAAGCGUUCGUAGCAAAGCGUGCCAUGAAUUCGUUUCAGGACGUUUUCACAAACGUGCAUUACAGGUUCAUUAGAAAUGCGGGACGCGCGAGUUCUUAUCUUUCACGCGCGCCAGCUGCUACCCCACGCAGAUAAUGGUUUUGCAAAAAUGUUAAGAGGCGUUUUACGUUGUUUUUAGAGAAAAAAAAAACCAUGACCAAUGGCUCAAUCCAGUUGACCUGUUAAAGAAAUUUCUGUGCGGCCGAACGCCAUAUUCGUUUUCCCUUUUAUAUGUUCAUGUCCACUGGUUGAAAGAAUUCCUGCGAUUGUCUAAAAUUACGGCAGAAUUGAUUAAAAAGGAGACAGGUCCGCAAAAUGCAGUGAAAUGAAAUCGGGGCAGUUGAGAGUUCGAAAUCACAGGCUUCUGACUUUGUGUAACGGAGCAUAAAAAGCGCCCUCCCUCCCUCCUAUUACGAUGAUAUGCUGAUAUGCUUGCUUAUUUAUCAUCAUUAUCGUCAUCGUCAUUAUUAUUAAUAUUUCUUGUUAUUAUUAAUGAUUGAUAAUUAAUUCUUAUUAUUAUUAUUACUUUUAUUAUUAUUUGGUUACUUUUUGGUUUUGUUUUAAUUUUUUGUUUCUGGAGUUCACCGAUUGUACAUGUAUCUAUUCUUUUCAGUGCGUGGCAGUCAACUCCUCUGGCGUGUUCACCGCCUUCCUCGUCGGUCGCCUUCUCUACUAUUCUAGAAUCCCAAGAAGAAGAAAAUACAAACCUAAACAGGUAUGUACCCCUUUUUACUGUCAUAACCUACACUCAGCAAAAUCAUAUAAGCCUAUGUGAGUGCUGGAUGGUGUCCCAGUUAUUGCUUUGAUGCCGUUAUUGACCUAUCUGUUCGUAUAAUAUAAUUGCAACCCUUACAGUUAGCAAAGCCUAUAGGUAGCCUCAAGCCAAGAGGACUUUGGGGUGUUAGACGUCAAAAAUAUAAACCAUGUUAUUUAUUUAGGUUGUUUUAUAUAGCGUCUAUUCUAUUAUUUUUUUAGAACUUUUCCUCUCUGUCUUUUCUUGUCUUUUUCUUUCUCUAGAGUUAGCAAAAAGCCAUUCCAUCUGACCCAGGUAUGUCAAAUCAUGUGGAUCAUUGUACGUUUCUAGGAGACUGCCCAGCUACCCCUCCCCUAAGCCAACAUUUUGCCCUAAGUGAGAAGUAUGUAUUAAUGUUGGCUUAGGGGAGGGGUAGGGGGCAGUUUCCCAGAAACGUACAAUGAUCCCAUCAGAUUCAGGGUACAUGAAAGCCAGAAGGUUUUCUUGGGUGAAAUUUACCGAAAGCCAAUGGAAACGGCUGAUCUACAACCCCAAAAUCCUUGGGGCACCUGCCCUUCUUAACGUUGACAGUCUAAGGUUCCUUUUUUCCCGCCACAGCGUUAUUUAAAGGCGUGCUUUCGUAAAGCACGGGUGGUUUUUAAGUGCGUGAAAAAGGAGACGGAAAAACUCAAGGAAGUAUUCUAACGAUAGAAAAACUUGUAUUUAGCGGAAAUUCACACAACCCUUUCCAGUUAGACUUGCUUCAAGUCGACCUCUCAUUAGGACUUUUACAAAGUCUACUUUCAAGUCUGCGAUUGCUGUUGCCUGCUUAGGGCAGGGUGUUCGUGUUGUGGGGUUCGCUCAAUUUAAUCUUGCGUUAAUGUGUUUUUUAGGAUUAUUCCCUAAAUUGCGGCCUAAGACUUCAUGGCUAUUUUUUUUCCUGCUAGCUUGAAGAAAGAGCUAUGGAGGAGUUAUUGCAAUACUACGGAGGAUUAGACAACGCUUGCGAGUUUGUCACAGUUCAGCGAGUACCAACAACUGCAGCCAGGCCUGUAUGGAAGAAGGAGAGGUUACCAUCAGUCACCAGUGGUUAAUUCUAGGACGUAACUGAUUAGCGUAAAACUAAAACUAUACGAUGUCAUUCUACGGGUGUUAAGUUAUUAUUGGUGACUUUAAGCCACCACGAGCGACAGCAACUGGAACGUGAAAAGAAGAAUAGAUUUAUUAAACAAAAACAAUAUCUCUGCGCUUGCUUGGUAUGAAUUUUUCACACAGGAGUCAAACAAACUUGUAGUGUCCAGCUAUUUAAGAAGAAUCUAUCAAAGAAUCAUUCUUCACUGUUAGCAGUUGCCUCUUUGUAUUGUUGUGUUAAGAGUUAAGACGUGCAAAACAAUACAAACAAACAACAACAAGCAUAGCCUACGAGCAAGUUCUUGAUUCAGCGGUAAGAAGCAGGUCGAGAGCUUACUCGUAGGAUGAAAAUAUUCCGUUCCCUCUCUAAACCCGGUCUUAACCUGUCCACAAUUUUAGUAUGCGUUUUGUU